CAGAAGCUGGAGACCAGCAAAAGGCCCCCAUCUGGAACUUCCACCACCUCCAAGAGCACCUCCCCCACCCUCACACCCUCCCCUUCUCCCAAAGGGCACACAGCAGAAUCCUCAGUGUCCUCCUCCUCAUCUCAUCGGCAGUCCAAGAGCAGCGGGGGCUCCAGCAGUGGCACUAUCACAGAUGAGGAUGAACUGACUGGAAUCCUUAAGAAAUUAUCACUUGAGAAAUAUCAGCCCAUUUUUGAGGAACAAGAGGUGGAUAUGGAAGCAUUCCUCACGCUGACUGACGGUGACUUGAAGGAGCUGGGGAUUAAGACAGAUGGAUCCAGGCAGCAGAUUCUAGCAGCGAUUUCUGAACUGAAUGCGGGCAAGGGACGCGAGAGGCAAAUCUUACAGGAAACCAUUCACAACUUCCACUCUUCCUUUGAGAGUAGCGCCAGCAACACCAGGGCCCCUGGCAACAGCCCCACCAUGGCUGGGUGGGUGAGGCCAGAAGAAGCCACAUCCAGCAAGAGGUAGCGGCAACUGAGAUGGCUCUGCAGGCAUCGGAGCCCAAGGAAGUGAGGGUCAGCCAAUGGAUCCGCCCUCCAGCUAUGCCCGGCUCUGGGUCUUGCCAUCAUUAGGAUUUCCAACAAUGUGGACUGAAAGAAGACAGUCUGGCCAAAUCAGGAGCUGAUCUAGUGAGCACAGUGGGCAGGGAGCCCCUCUUGUUCCCCUCUUGCCUUGGAGCUGCCCAAAGACAUUGUUACACAGGCCAGGCCCAAGGCUGGACAACAGGGGAUAUCUGCACUGACCUGUACAUCCAAGUGAGUGCCUCUUGAGGGACCCGGGACCCUUUCUGAGAGGAUUUUGCAGCCUGAAAUGAAGGUACCAUCAGCAGAAGUGUGUUGGGAGCACCAUUCCAAGGCUGUCCUUGUCCAUUCCAAGCAGGCUAAUCAUGUCUUAUUAAUUCAUCGGGCCUAUUCAACAUGUAAAGAGACCUAAUGUCUUCCCUAAUAAAGUUGAUGCCAAAUUCUGCAGGAUUGACCUGCAGAGGAAGUCUCCCUGGGUGUGGUGGGUGGUAAGUCACCUCCUUGGGGGUUUCUUGAGGGUUUUCCCGGUAAGUCACCUCCUUGGGGUUUUCUUGAGGGUUUUCCUGGCUCCCUGCUGGUCUCGGGGGACUCUGUGCCUCCUUUACAUGAAGCCUAAGCCUGGACUUAGGACCUGCCAGUACCCAAAAGACAGUGAAUGGUUUCCCAAAUCUUGGGAAUGACAGAGGGGACUGAGGCAGAAGACAAAGCCUAGUUCACUGUUUUCAGCUCCCCUGUCCCCUCACUGGACUCCCUUCCUCCCUACCCCUUCUGGCCCUUUGGGGCCCUGUCCAGUGGCAUGAAACCAGCCCUUGUGUCAGUGUAGGGACCCUCCCAGAUUCCUGUUUCCCGUGGAGACUUCUCUCCAGGGCUGAUAGACACAGGGCAUGGCCAUGCUUGUUAAGGAGGCCUUGCUCCACUCUCCAGGUAACUGAGGUGGGUCUUGGCCUUUCCCUUCAGAGCCCUCAUCAGGGUCAUUGUAUCCAUUGCAAAGAGAUUAAGACACCAUUUUGUUUCCACGCUAGAGAGUGGGUUUCCAUCUUCCACGCCAUCAAACGCUUUUUAUGAUCAUUUUACUGUUAUCUUCAUGCAAGGACUUCAUUUUUGAGAGGUUUUUGUCUGUCAAAAUGUGUAUAUUAAAUAAUGGUGAGUGUGUCCUCCCACUUUGCUUGUGCUCUUCUGAGGCAUGAACACUGCCCAAGUUUCUUUCCCUUUUUGUCAGUUUGAUGACUGGUGCACAACUGUUGACCAGUUUUACCAAGGUCACACAGCUCACAAGGGCCAGUCUGGUUGGAAUGCAGGUAUCACCUCGCCUUCUCUUUGUGACGUCUUGUGACCUGUCAGGGCAGAAAGUAACAUGGAAUCAGAAUAUACCUAGCAACACCAAUAAAUGAGAACUCGUUA